GGGGGGGGGAAGAGUGCGUGCGUCCUUCCUGUCGGCGGCUGGGGGAGAGGAAGGAAGGAGGAGAAAGCAGCGCUUUCUCCUCCUCCGUUCCUGUUCCCCUGCCGCCGACAGCAAGGACGGGUCCCAGGGUUCGGAGAAGCGCUGCGCAAGCGCUUCUCCGAACCCCAGGAUGUUCUAGCGCCCGUUAUUAAACGGGCUGAAAACCACUAGUAGACAAUAAAAUUAAAAACAAUACAAAUUAAAAACAGAGCAUUAUAACAUUAUCAGUAGCUAAAAUAUUUAAAAUUGUAUGUGGAAUAACCUGAGGUGGCAUUUUCAAACUUGCAGCAUGAUUUGUUCUGUGGAGCUGUAUACAGGAGAUGUAGGAAACUCCCGGCUUGCAUGCCAUUUUCACCUGCAAAUUUAGCCAAAAGGGGCUUUGCACAUACUGCCAACUGGCAGUGCCUUCGAAGCUCCUUGUUCAGGGCUCCCAAGAGCCCAAUGAGUAGCUGAUUCUCAGGUGUUUGGGAAAUGCUGCAGAAAGUGCUACAUUCUGACAGGUGUCAACCACCUGAUGUCAUUCUGACACCAGAUGAUUGAGUGACUGGUGGAUGGUUCUGCCCCUGAGUCAACAUUGGCCCGGUGUGGGGAGAUGGAGAUAAAGAUCUUGCAAAACAUAACUUAUAAUUAUUUUUCAAAGUGGUUUACAACAAUCUAGAAUAAAACAUGACUGAACAAAGUAAAAUAUAAAGUAUACAUUCAAAGCACCAUAAUUAACAGGAAACUAAAAUAUUAUCUUAAAUAUUUCAAAAUAAAACAUUACAAAGGAAGACAACUACAGACUACACAUUUAACACAGCAAAAUUAACAAUAAACAAUAAACAAAUAAAUACUGUGUGACCGGAUAUUGCUUUUGUUUGUUACUAUGUUAUAUAUUUUUGUGUUUUUAUAUUGCAAACCAACCUGUGAUCCUUGGAUGAAGGGAGGUAUAGACAUUUAAUAAAUAAAAAGAAAUACAGUAAUAAAAAUUAUCCCACCCCCACUUUAGAGUUAUACAGUCCUAAGGUAACUCUACAGAGCAUUGCUUUUUCUAGACUCCCCAUGAUGUUUUGAAACAACAUGGAAUCUUUCAGAAUAGCUGCCUAUUCUAAACUAAACAUGACAACCCCUAUUUUUCAGAUAUAAUUAUUCCUUUCUGUUUCAUCUAAAUGUAAAGGUUAUUUUGCCAUUGCAUAGUUUUUGUUGAAUAUAAGAUCUUCAGACUUUUAAAACUACAUUUUCUUAAGCUACAGCUUUGGAACGCUAUAAUAAUUGUACACUUCCUGUCUGUCAAAGCUAACCACCAUCAUUUUACUCACUUCCUCAAUCUGAGAAGUUGUGGUGUUUAACUUGUUCUUUGUGGGUUAUUCGUUGGGAGGGUGUGUGUGUCCCUCUUUUGCUUUCAAAUGCUUCUACUAAGAAGCUUGCUAAAACUGUUUGUUUCCUGUAUCCGCCAUUUUGAUUGCUGCUGAUUGUACCGUACAGAAAAGCCUCAGUUCUAUGACGCAGUAGAACCAGUGGAUUUUGAAGGUUUCCUAACAAUGCAGCUGAAUAACUUGGAUUUGGAACUCCUGCAAGAACUUGGUGACUUUCCUGAAGAUGAUUUGGAGGUAGUCUUUACUCCGAAAGAGCACAGGACCUUGCAGCCAUCAUUGCCAGAAGAAGGGGCUGAAUUGGAUCCACAUGUCCGGGAUUGUAUUCAGACCUAUAUUCGUGACUGGCUGAUAGUGAAUCGAAAAAACCAAGGAAGUAAUGAGACAGGCAUCUUAACAAAAAGGGGAUCCAGGAGCGAUUUCCACAAGUCCCUUCAGAAGCAAACAUUUGAAUCUGAAGUUUUAGAUGACAGUGAUUCAAAUUAUCAGACUGCUCCCAGGCAUUUAAAAGUCCUCUGUGAUGACUCCAGUCGAGCCACACUGACCUCGGGGGACUUUGACCUGCGCAGCCUACAGCCAGAUGCUCGCCUGGCAGACCUGUUGCAGCCCAUUAGUGUAGAAGACCUUCGGAGGCAAAAUGAGGAGCGACGACAAGCCAACAGGCCUGCAGAACUAUUUGCACUGUAUCCCACUAUAGAUGAGGAGGAUGCUGUGGAAAUACGACCGGUGCCUGAGUGCCCCAAGGAAUAUCUGGGCAAUAGGAUAUUGGUGAAAGUACAGACUCUGAAAUUUGAGAUAGAAAUUGAGCCAUUAUUCGCAAGCUUAGCCCUCUAUGAUAUAAAAGAAAGGAAAAAGAUCUCAGAAAAUUUUCAUUGUGACUUGAACUCUGAACAGUUCAAAGGGUUCUUGCGAUCACAUGCCCCAUGUAUUGACUCAUCUAGUCAGGCAAGGUCUGCAGUAUUUUCUGUAACAUAUCCAUCUCCGGAUAUCUAUCUAGUAGUGAAGAUUGAAAAAGUCCUUCAACAAGGCGAAAUUGGAGAUUGUGCAGAACCCUACCUGGUUCUAAAAGAAAGUGAAGUUGGGAAGACCAAAGAAAAAAUUGAGAAAUUAAAAGUGAACGCUGAGUCCUUUUGCCAACGUUUGGGAAAGUAUCGUAUGCCUUUUGCUUGGGUUCCAAUAAAUUUAGCAAAUUUCUUCAGUGUUUCAACACUUGAAAGAGAUAUAGCAGAGUUAGAAGUUUUAAAUGGCAAAGGGUCCACUGGUGACAGAAAAUCAAUGGCAAUGCAAGGUAGAAGACUUUCUGAAAGAAGCCUUGGAUUGGAGGACGUUCCUGCCUUGCCAACCUUCAAAAACACCACUCUGACUUUGAACACAUUUUUUAAACAGGAAGGAGAUCGGCUGACUGAUGAAGACUUAUUCAAGUUCUUAGCUGAUUACAAGAGAUCGUCUUCUUUGCAGAGAAGAGUGAAAUCUAUACCGGGAUUGCUCAAGUUGGAGAUCUCCCCAGUUUCAGAAGCUCUCAGUUGCUGCCUCAGCCCAGAGUUGUUGCUGGUGAAGCCAUUCCCUGAAAACCGCAGUCGGCCUCAUAAAGAGAUUCUGGAGUUUCCAGUACGAGAAGUCUAUGUCCCCCAUACUGUAUAUAGAAAUCUUCUAUAUGUGUAUCCACAACGGCUGAAUUUUGCAAACCGCCUGGCUUCAGGCCGAAAUAUUACCAUCAAGAUACAGUUUAUGUGUGGAGAAGACCCUGCCUGUGCAAUGCCGGUCAUUUUUGGGAAAUCCUCAAGUGCAGAAUUUGUUGCAGAGGUUUGCACACCUGUUACAUAUCAUAACAAAUCUCCUGAUUUCUAUGAAGAAGUGAAAAUUAAGCUGCCAGCUAAACUCACAGAAAAACAUCACCUGCUGUUCACAUUUUACCACAUCAGUUGUCAGCCAAAGCAAGGAGCCUGUGUAGAAACUCUCCUGGGAUAUUCAUGGCUGCCAAUUCUGUUAAAUGAUCGUCUCCAGACAGGCCAUUAUUGCCUCCCUGUUGCCUUGGAUAGACUGCCUGCCAACUAUUCCAUGCACUCAGCAGAGAAAGUUCCUCCACAAACUCCUCCAGUUAAAUGGGUUGAAGGACACAAGGGAGUGUUUAAUAUUGAAGUGCAAGGUAUAUCAUCAGUUCACACACAGGACAAUCACCUGGAGAAAUUCUUCACCUUGUGCCAUGCACUAGAAAGCCAAGUUGCAUUCCCCAUUCGAGUGCUGAAUGAGAAGAUCACAGAAGCCACUCUGGAACAUGAACUGAAACUCAGCAUUAUCUGCUUGCAUUCCUCCCGCCUGGAGCCCCUGGUGUUGUUUUUACACUUGGUGUUGGAUAAACUCUUCCAGUUGGCUGUCCAGCCCAUGGUUAUAGCUGGCCAGACAGCCAACUUCUCCCAGUUUGCUUUUGAAUCUGCAGCUGCGAUAGUGAACAGCCUCCACAACAGCAAGGACCUGAGCAAGGACUUGCAUGGCAGAAACUGUCUCCUAGCAUCUUAUGUCUACUAUGUCUUCCGCAUUCCUGAAGUACAAAGAGAUGCUAUCAAGCUAGGCAGCACUAACCUGGCUGAAUCUCGUUAUUACACGUAUGGCCGCACCACAGCUAUCUCCAUGGGCUCUCGACUCUUACAAAGCCGGGCAACAAGCUGCAGCAAUCCAGACAUUGCUGGGGCACAGGCUUCUACUGAUGAAGAAGUCAGAAACAUCAUGUCUUCCAAGGUUGCAGAUCGGAGCUUUAACCGGAUGUCUUGCUAUAGUGAGCCCACCAGUGAUAUGUCAAGCCCCUGUGGAAGCCCUCGGCCAUCAAAUAAAAAGCACUUCCACGAAGAGUUAGCACUUCAGAUGGUAGUCAGUACUGGCAUCGUGAGAGAAUCUGUCUUCAAGUAUGCCUGGUUCUUCUUUGAAUUGUUGAUCAAGAGCAUGGCCCAGUAUGUUGCUAACAUGAAGAAACAGGAUAUGCCCCGCCAAAGUAGAUUUUCCAAUCGCUUCAAGGAUGACAUCACCACUAUCGUGAAUGUGGUCACCUCAGAGAUUGCAGCACUUCUGGUCAAACCUCAGAAGGAAAGUGAACAAGCAGAAAAGAUCAACAUUAGCCUAGCAUUUUUCCUGUAUGAUCUUCUAUCUCUCAUGGAUCGUGGAUUUGUGUUUCACCUUAUCAAACACUACUGCAAUCAGUUGUCAAAUAAACUUAAUACUCUUCCAACACUGAUUUCCAUGAGGCUGGAGUUUCUCCAAAUUCUAUGCAGUCAUGAACAUUACCUCAAUUUGAAUCUCUUCUUUAUGACUUCAGGAUCUGCUCCAACAUCUCCCUCUCCUUCUCUGUCAUCUCAGAAUUCAAGCUCCUGCUCAAGCUUCCAAGAUCACAAAUUUGCCAACAUAUUUGACCUGACAGCAGAAUAUCGGCAGCAACACUUCCUAACAGGGUUACUUUUCACUGAACUGGCAGCUGCCCUGGACACAGAAGCAGAAGGAAUAAGCAAAGUGCAAAGGAAAGCUGUCAGUGCCAUCCACAGCCUUCUGAGUGCCCACGACUUGGACAAAUCCUGCUUGAAACCAGAAGUGAAAGUGAAAGUUGCUGCCCUUUAUCUGCCCCUGGUUGGAAUAAUUUUGGAUGCACUUCCACAGUUCCAUGACUUUACAGUUUCAGAUGGCCGCAAUGGGAAAGGCCGCAUUGGAUCUCCAGAUGAAGAACCAGAAGUUGCAAGCCAAAUUAACCAAAAUAUUGCUCUGGCCAUUGCUGGGAAUCAGUUUAAUCUCCUACGGUCCUAUGGUUCAUCUGUGUCCACAGUGCCCUACAAACAAUACAACACGUUAAGUCCAGAAACUACACGCCACCUUUUGAUCUGUUUCCUGUGGAUCCUGAAAAACGCUGAUCAGAAUCUUAUUCAGAAAUGGGUUGCAGACCUGCCAUCUAUGCAGCUAAACAGGAUUUUAGAUGUCCUUUACAUCUGUGUCUCAGGCUUUGAGUAUAAGGGCAAGCAAAGCUCAGACAAAGUCAGCACUCAAGUACUCCAGAAAUCAAGGGAUGUAAAAGCUCGGCUAGAAGAGGCCUUACUAAGAGGAGAGGGAGCCAGGGGUGAAAUGAUGAAGCGGUGCAGGAUGCCUGCUGGGAAUGAUAAAUUCCCAGGAUUUAAUGAGAACCUACGAUGGAGGAAAGAGCAGACACACUGGCGGCAAGCAAACGAGAGGCUAGAUAAAACAAAAGCUGAGAUUGACCAAGAAGUGUUGGUUAGUGGGAACCUAGCCACAGAAGCUAAUCUGAUUAUCCUAGACAUGCAAGAGAACAUCAUUCAGGCAACUUCAGCUAUGGAUUGCAGAGAUAAUGUCAUGGGAGGUGUGUUGAAAGUCCUUGUCAAUUCUUUGACCUGUGAUCAGAGCACAAACUAUUUGACUCAUUGCUUUGCUACUCUCCGAGCAUUAAUUAUCAAGUUUGGAGAGUUGCUCUUUGAAGAGGAAGUGGAGCAGUGUGCUGACCUGUGUCAAAGGCUCCUUCAGCACUGCAGCAGCAGUAUGGAUACCACUCGGAUUCAAGCCUGUGCUACCCUUUACCUCCUCAUGAGAUACAGCUUCAGCUGCAUAAGUAACUUUGCAAGAGUCAAAAUGCAAGUGACAAUGUCACUGGCUUCUCUGGUUGGUAAAGCAUCAGAUUUUAAUGAGGAGUAUCUCAGAAAGUCUUUACGAACUAUUUUGGCAUAUGCAGAAGAAGAUGUAGACGUGCAGCCAACUCUCUUCCCGGGACAGGUGGAAGAGCUGCUGUAUAAUCUGAACAGCAUAUUGUCAGACACAGUGAAAAUGCGAGAGUUUCAGGAAGAUCCAGAGAUGCUCAUGGAUCUGAUGUACAGAAUUGCCAAAGGAUAUCAGACAUCACCUGACUUAAGGUUGACCUGGCUCCAAAACAUGGCAGAGAAGCAUGCUAAGAAAAAAUGUUACACCGAGGCUGCCAUGUGCCUAGUUCAUGCUGCUGCUCUUGUUGCUGAAUACCUGAGCAUGCUGGAAGAUCACAAUUACCUGCCAGUUGGCAGUGUCAGCUUUCAGAAUAUUUCCUCCAAUGUGCUUGAGGAGUCUGCUGUUUCUGAUGAUGUUCUGUCUCCAGAUGAAGAUGGAGUAUGCUCUGGAAGGUAUUUCUCAGAGAAUGGUUUGGUGGGAUUGCUGGAACAAGCUGCAGAGCUUUUUAACACCGGAGGACUGUGUGAAACUGUGAAUGAGGUCUACAAGAUUGUCACCCCCAUCUUAGAAGCACAUCGAGAUUUCAGGAAACUUUCUUCCACUCACAGUAAACUUCAGAAAGCCUUUGAGAGCAUCAUAAAUAAGGGUCAGAAGAGAAUGUUUGGCACUUACUUCCGUGUUGGCUUCUAUGGAGCCAUAUUUGGAGAUUUAGAUGAACAGGAAUUUGUUUACAAAGAGCCUGCCAUUACCAAACUUCCUGAGAUUUCUCAUAGACUGGAGGGCUUUUAUGGUCAGUGUUUUGGGGAGGAUCGCAUUGCAGUGAUUAAAGAUUCUACUCCAGUAGACAAAAGCAAGCUAGAUCCCAGUAAGGCCUACAUACAAAUUACCUAUGUGGAACCCUAUUUUGAUGACUAUGAGAUGAAAGAGAGAUUGACCCAUUUUGAGAAAAACUUCAACCUCCGACGAUUUAUGUAUACCACCCCUUUCACUCAGGAUGGACGCCCACGAGGAGAACUGAGUGAGCAGUAUAAGAGGAAGACCAUUUUGACCACAAUGCAUGCUUUCCCCUACAUCAAAACUAGAAUCAAUGUCAUUCAAAAGGAGGAGUUUGUUUUGAUGCCAAUUGAAGUAGCUAUUGAAGACAUGCAAAAGAAAACGCUUGAACUGGCUGUUGCCACCAGACAGGUGCCACCAGACCCCAAAAUGCUGCAGAUGGUGCUUCAGGGUUCUGUGGGGGCCACAGUAAAUCAGGGACCACUAGAAGUAGCUCAAGUGUUCCUGGCUGAAAUUCCAGAGGAUCCAAAACUUUAUCGACAUCACAACAAGCUAAGGUUAUGCUUCAAAGAAUUCAUAAUGAGAUGUGGUGAAGCAGUAGAGAAAAAUAAAUGCCUGAUUACUGCUGACCAAAGGGAAUAUCAACAAGAACUGAAAAAGAACUACAACAAGUUGAAAGAGAACCUCAGACCAAUGAUCGAGAGGAAGAUCCCAGAGCUGUAUAAACCUAUUGUGAAAGUUAACAGUAUUUCAAGGGGCUCUUUCCUUAAUUCUAGUUUUAGGAAAUAUGAAAAUCUACCUCCACAGAGCAGUUAAAAGCAGCUUCAUGAAAAGGAGCUAUCUACUUGCAGUGGAUCAAAUACAAGAGGAUAUGCAAAUGCUGUUCAAAAUCGUAAAAUUUCCCCACAUUUUCUCAUGAACACAUUUUGGAAAGAUUGCUUUCUGUACAAGACUCAAGAAAGAAGAGUUAUAACUCAUCACAUCUUCUAAGUUGCAGAAACUAGUUGCAGAAAAACACAUAUUUUAUUAUAAAUUGACAUGGAUAUUUGCACACACAGAGAAAACAGCUUUGUGUUUUCUCCAAUAUUCUAAAGGCCAGUUCACAAUAUUGCAUUGUCAACAAAUAUUCCCUGUAUGUAUGUAUGAAACUUCAUCUGUGUUUGUUUGAUUAUACCAAGCUCCUGGAAAUGUUCCUGACCAAAAGCCCCUUCUGACCAAUCAUGGAUUUGCAUCAAUAUUACAUAAGCACAUUCAUCAAGCAGCAGAUAUGAACAGUUAACCAAAACAAGUCAACCCAAGUUUUAAACACAUUUCAAUCACAUUUAUUGUAAUAAGAAACUUACAGACAUUUGUAACUAGAUUCCACCUUACAUAAAAUUAUUGUUGUUUGAAUGGAAAGCAUUACAAUGGAUCUGGUAAUAACUUUUCUUAGGAUCAAAUAUUACGCUCUGUAAAUCUCAUUGGAUGGAGGCCACACAAAUGCAAAAUGGAGUCCACUCAGGUGUGACCAAUAUUCAAAUGCUACUCUCCUUUUACUGUGAGCUCCUUCCUAUGGGCUCUAGAGAUGCAUGCUAGUUAGAAUGUUUUAUUAUUGUAAUAACUAUAAUUGUUAUUUAAAAGUAGCACUAUAUUUCUUCUAAUACUUGAAAUACAGUGUUUGUUCCUGAUGACCUGACUUGUAUUUUUGCUUCAUGUUGGGUGAGACUAAUUUCCUUCAGUUCAGUGUUCACAAGAUUGCAAAUUUGUAUACACGUGAAAUGUUCAUGUUUUGGAUAGUAUUGUGGGAACUUUUAGCACUUAGCAGUUCUUUUGUUCUUAAAGGCCUAAAAUUAAUCCAUGAAAUAAAAAAAUCUAAAUAAAAUACUGUAUUAACAGAAAAAAUCAUUUUAUUUCGAGUUCAAAUAUGACUUUGUUUUUCUCUCUCUUCCAAACACCAUGCUUGAAUAAGUUAUAAAGCAUUUGUGCACUAUUUGCUUUAAUUGCCUAAACCUGGGCCCCUGAGACCUCCUUUGGUCUUGGGACAAUAUAAAGUCUGAUGUGUCACUCUGCUUCUCCUUCUUUCUGAAAUAAUAUUGUUAAGUAAGCUGUGCCAGUGAGACAGUUGGGAAAGGGGGAUAAGUCCAGGUAAGGUCUGAAAAUAGAACAGGAAUUGGGGGAGUAUGGACAUCUUUAGAAGAGCAAAAAAGAGGAUAAUUUGCCAGUGGGGUGUGUGUGGAGGAGCGUGUUUACUGGGCUCACCAU